CAGGCGCGGCCAGGAGCCCGGCACCCUCCGCCCGUCCGCGGCGCGAUGUUAUGGCCGAGCCGGCGCAGAAGGGCGGCGGAGGGCGCGGCGGGCGGCAGGAGGACGGGGCGGCGGCCGCCCCCAGCUACGAAGACUACGAGUGCAAGAUCUGCUACAACUACUUCGACCUGGAGCGGCGGGCGCCCAAGCUGCUGGAGUGCCUGCACACCUUCUGCCAGGAGUGCCUGAGCCAGCUGCACCUGCGCGCCGCGCAGCAGCCCCCCGCCGCCUCCGAGCCGGGCGCGGGGCCGGGACGGGCGGCCGUCGGCUCUCUCGCCUGCCCGCUGUGCCGCCACCGCACGGCGCUGCCCGACCACCGCGUCCACGGCCUGCCGGUCAACACCAAGCUGGCCGCCGCCUGCCCGCCGCAGCUGCGCGCCCGCGACCCGCUGCCCCAGGACCGCCUCCCGCCGCUGCCGCCUCGCCGCCCGCCCCGCGCCCGGGAGGCGGCGGCCGCCCUCGCGCCGACCCCCGCGCCCCCCGCCCGCGCCGGGCCGCGCUCCUCGGGCGGCGGCUACGAGAGCUGCCAGAGCUGCAAGCGGGCGGCGCUGAGCGCGGGCUGCGUGUGCGUCGUCGUCUCCUUCCUCUCCAUGGUGGUGCUGCUCUUCACCGGCCUCAUCUUCGUCAACCAGUACGGCGGGGACGCGGGGCCCGGCGCCUCGCCGUCGCCCGUGGGGCCCAUCUGCCUCUCGGUGGCCAGCGUGCUCGCCCUCUUCUCCGUCGUCGUCACGUGGCUCAUCUGCUGGCUCAAGUACCGGCCCGAGGCCGCCGCCGCCAACGCCCCCGCGCGGGGCCGUGCCGCGGCCCGCAGGACCGACACGUAGCGCCGGGAGGGGCGGGGGAUGCUCGGGGCCGCCGGGACCGCCGUGCUGGGGCCGCCUGCCCCGGGGGAGGGCGAUGCGGGGCGGGCCGCGGAGGAACGGGUGUCCCCCCGCCGCCGUCACUGCCGGCGGGCCCGCGGGGCUCCGCGGCGUUUGUAGCGCCGGGGAAGGGCCGGCCGCGUUGCCGGCUGCUCCGGGGACGGGAGGCGGGCGGGGCCGGCCAUGCCAGGGGCGCGGCGCCGGCACGCAGCCCCGCGGUGUAGCGCUGUGCGACCGCCGCCCGCUCGGUAAGGCGGGACGGAACGAGUAUGAAAGAAAACCGGCUUACUGUUGCCCCCACCUGGAAGAUAAUUGGAGAUCUGCACUGGCGUUAGGAGCAGAGCGGCAUCGCGAGGCUAAAUGCGUUUUCUAUUUUUCUUGUUAUGAAGUUGACAAGUGCACAUAGAAGCUGUAACAGAAGCGUAUUAUCUUAAAGAGACUGAGCCAAAGUAUCCUUCCUUGUACCGAGUACGGCUUUGUUACAUUCCUAUUAGAAGGCCGUCGAGUCCUCUAUUGGUUGCUUAAAAUAAGCUUUAUUAUUUAAUUCUUUUAAAUUCUCAUUUAAUGUGGGAGACUGAACCGCUGCAUUGCACUCUUAAUUUAUGGAAGAUGAUUUGAUUAAUGGAGCUCUGAAAGACUCCUGUGAUAGAGAACAGUACUCUGCUGGCCAUUGAUCUCAGUUUUUAUACAGCGAGAGAAACCCACAUUAAGAUACAGACUUUCAGCAUUGCUGUAGAGGUGGAACGCGGCAGCUCACCGUGCGAUCUGAUCGCUUACCUGUGGUGCAGGCACUGUGGUGAGGCAGGGGCUUUCCCCUCGUGAUGACUUUCUCUUCUGCGUUAGGAGUUUCCAUGGAGGCCAGUAGGAGACAUUCAGAGAUGUGUCAGAGAUGUGACGAGACGCCCGUAACGUGGUGUGAAACGUAGUGCCGUAUGGCUGGUCUUGUAGUAUAUCAAGGAGAGCACUCAUAUAGAUACUAUUCUGUGUUGCGGGAUGAUUCAUUUGGUGCCUGAAUUUUUUUAACUUAAUUAGUUGUUAUAACCUACGACAUCGGGAAUAAGAUAGUGCUUCUUAUUCCGGGUUUUUACACAGUACUGUAUUGGAAUGAGGUAGUUAUUUUCGUGCUUAAAUUCAAGAAUUUUAACAGUGAUCUUUGAUUAUGUGUGUUGCAAGCUGUGUGCAUGACUUCUGACACGUAUCCUCAUAGACCUUUAUCGGCCACUUCUAUUUAUCACAAGCGCAAAGGAAUUUACUCUGUAGAAAUGUAAAGGCAGCAAGUGGAGCUGUGUGCUGUGUUUUAUGACUGCACAAGUGACGUGUGCUGUGCAUUGUCUUCGUCAUCACAAAGCUGUGAAAAAACACCCCCUCUAAAAGAAAAAGAAAAAAAAAAAAGGUAUUUAUACGACAGACGUAGUUUGUGGAAAUAGCCUAUGACUUUUGUGUCACUUAAGUUGAUUUACCAGAUCCACACCAGCCUUUUAAAGUCGUAUUUAAUAAUAGAGAGGCCCUGAGGAGGUAAAUCCCUGCGCUGAGUCCUGGCUCUGCUGUGGGCUGUGUGUUUAGAACAGUGAUCAGACACGGAGCAGUUUGUUGGCUGUGCAGAGCUGAGCCUCCAGCAGCAGGCCUGACUCCCAGUCCCUGACUGCAGCAGUAGUUAUGGAUGUUCUGCACCAAAGAAAACCACGAGACUUUUAUUUAAGCAUCUAAAUGACAAUUUAGAUGGUCGACUUCAGGUACAAAUGUUUGAAAAUGUUGGCCUUAACCUCUCUGUUUUCAGUUACUGCAUCUGUAAAGUUUGAUAACAGGGUGACCUACCUCACAGGCAAGAUGUGAGGCUUUAUUUAUUGACGUUUUUAAGCAAUUGGAGAUCCUUGAAGAGGAGGUGCUAUAGAGGUGAAAGUAUUAUUAUAAAUGAUACUGUAGUAGGAAUAAAUAUAUGUAAAUUAAUGGACAUAAACAGCCGCAAUGUUUUCUAAGAAAAAUAAACAUAUAAAAUACGUACGCGUGUGCAUCAUAUGCACCAAUUUCUGCUUUACCUGCUUCUGCUAAUGCAGCACAUUUCGGUGUUCUCACUUGGCCAGGUGAGCUCUGCUGAAUGCAGCUCAGGUCGGCCCACCCGCAGCCGCUGCCCUCACUCCGCCUCACGCAGGCACAGCAGAGCUCGGAGCACUCGUGGGGCUGGGCUGGAGCUCAGUGCCCGGCUCCUGCUCCGCUCUGCUCAGCGGCAGCUACUGCAGCCCCACUGCUGUGCUGCCAGCACUGCCCUGCCAGCCAGCUGCCACCUGGGAGCCUACAAGCAGAGGAGCCACAGUCACGCAGGUGGCUGUGCCCUAAGGCACUGCUUGCAGUACGUUUAUACUCCAGCUUUUACUUCCGCAUCGUAGUUUUAUUUCUGCCUUUUCACUGUAUUUGCCAUUGUGUCUAAACCAAUGGUUUCAACUGGGAUCCACAGGCUACCUCUAAAGGAUUUACAGAAGGUAAGCGAGAACAGCAAAUCAAUCACCCGAAGCUCAGAUUUGUUACGUGAGAAUCAAAUCUAAAAUGUUUAUGGGUUUGCAUGUUACUCAAGUGGAAGAUGACAGCCUAAACAGGAUUUUCAGGGUUAUUUACAAUGGGACGCUCAUAUUGCAUAUCAGGUUCCUGCCCUUAUAUUGUAAAUAUUUCAGAGCCUAAUUAAAGUGGACAGUCCCACCAUGUGCCAAAUGCUUCCCUGUGCUUACACAGAUUUUUGGAGCAUUAGUAUGGACCCACAUCACAGUACCAGUCAGAAUAAAAUCACUGUACACAUCUCUGGCUGCUGUACAGUCCCAGCCUUACAUUUGUGUUCUGGGUUCCUUUGGUUGCUUGUCUGAAGCCAAACUUUCCUCGAGUUUCAGGAGGAAAAAGAAAGUAAACACAAAGAAGAGAAUCCUUGUCACUGGUGCUGUUUAAUCAUUGUAAUUGUUUUAGUGAGGGUGCUGGUCUUUGCAACUUGUUUAAAAACACGUGGAAGUAUACAGCUAAUAGGGUGCACAGCAGAACACCAUCCUGCAGAAAACAGUGCUCAGAGCACUGGGGGAGAGCAGAGAAGGCAGAAUGCACCACAGCACUGAGGGAAGCCGUGGGAAAUACAAGCUGGCUUCUUCAGCUUCCUUUGCAUGGUUUUUUGGUUUUUUUGUUUUUUGGUUUUUUUGCUGUGCAGUUCUCCUCUGUGUUACACAGUCUGGUGGGAGCAGCUACAGCCAAGGCAUGGGAACACCAGAAAAGCAAACCUGAAGCUUCCAUGGGAAUUGCUGGACCUCUGCUUGAGUUCUGGGAGAGAUGCAGAUCUUCCUGGUGUGCCAAAGAUCCUAAAUGUGUAGCACUAAUCCCGUGUCUGUCUACCUGACUGGAAGCAUGCUGGGCUCCAAGCUGGAGGAUCAGUGAAGCCAUUUGGGAAUGGCUUGCAAUAGGCUGCUGGACACCAGUAUUUUAAGGUAUUAAAGCACAGCCAAGUUUUUUUUAACACAUGUCAUGUACUGUCAGUGCCACAGUGUAGGAGCUGCCAUUUCUGCUCUCUCCUUUGGAGUGUCCCUGAUAAGAGCUGUGGCUGCAGGGAAGGGAAGCCGUAUUCCUUUUGGCAUUACUAGCCCAUAGUUAGUAGUAAUAAUCACAAAGUGUUUGCUGACAUCGUGGCAGACCUUCGUCUCAUGAAGGCAGGUGUGCAGACAGACACAAGCACUUCACUCAUGCACAGAAGGAAUAAAGGCAGUGGUCAUCUGGCUGGAUUGGCACCGUGCUGAGGUGCUUUUGUGUUCCAUCGCCAGGGUGUCCAACAAUUGGAAAAGCACCACAAAGACAAAUAAGAAAACAGUACCAAACCCUCCGGCACCAGAAGCUGGACCUCUGUUCCCAGGAGUGGCUGCUAGGUGGGGUCCUGGUUUUGCCUGGGUUUUCCAAAAAGAUACUUUGAGAAUCAGGCUCUGUUCUUCCAUUAUCCUCUGGUAGUGCAGGCGGGGAGCUCAAAAAUGCCUCUGACCUGUAAAGGAAUUCCUUUCUACGUUUAUUCUUCAGAGAACAAAAAAGAAUAAAUUCCAGCUAUUUUUUUCCACGCAAUACAUUCCCAUUCCAAAAAUGCAUUGCUGAAAUUCAGUGGUUUAAAGAUGUGUAUGAGAUCCUUCUGCUUCUUACCUCAGCGCUUCUC